UAUGGCGCCCAUCAAGCGCUUGAGCCCUAUGGAUUAGAUUAAUUUGUCAAUUGCACCCAAUGUUGGUAAGUUUAUUAUAUGAGCCCUGAUUAUUAAGACAGGUGGAAAGUCCUGACAUGGCUUGCGAAAAGCAGUAAAUUUGUUCUCUUUCUUAAAAACUUGAACCACUUUACGUAGCCUUAAUCAUUUCAUUAGCUAGGUAGCUAACAACAAUCACCGCUAUGUGACGUGAUGCUCCACAUCGGCACCUUAUUUAAGCUGAAAAGCUGAACGUGUUCGCAUUUGCACGCUGCUCGCGAAGAUGGCUGAGACAAGAGAAGAGCGUCGUUUCGCCGAGGUAUCGCGAGACUCUAUCAAACUGAUGGCGGAGAGCGCCGGGGUCGAGCUGCCGGAUGAGUUAGCAUCGAUGCUCGCUGAAGAUGUGUGUUACCGCCUCAGAGAGGCCACACAGAACAGCUCACAGUUUAUGAGACACGCCAAGAGAAGAAAACUGACUGUAGAGGACUUCAACAGAGGACUGCGCUGGAGCAACACUGAGGUUGUUUGUGGGUAUGGUGCGCAAGAUGCCAUGCCAUUCCGGCCACUGAAAGAGGGUGAGCUUUUCUUUGUUGAGGAUCGGGAGGUAAACCUGGUUGAGCUGGCUCUUGCCACCAACAUUCCCAAAGGCUGUGCUGAGACGACAGUGCGAGUGCAUGUGUCUUAUCUCGAUGGAAAAGGAAAUCUGGAACCUCAGGGCACAGUCCCCAGUGCUGUCCAGUCUCUGUCAGAUGACUUACUCAAGUAUUACCAGCAGAUUACUAGAGCCAUAUUAGGAGAGGAUCCACAUCUGAUGAGGGUUGCUUUAAUGGAUCUUCAGUCCAACUCCAAGAUUGCUGCUCUCUUGCCUUAUUUUGUUUAUGUCAUUAGUGGGGUAAAGUCUGUAAGUCAUGAUCUGGAUCAGCUGAACCGGCUACUGCACAUGGUGAAGAGUCUGGUUCAGAACCCGUACCUGUAUCUCGGCUCUUAUGUACGCAGUCUGGUCUCCAGCGUCAUGUACUGCAUCCUGGAGCCACUUGCCGCCUCUAUUAAUCCACUCAAUGAUCACUGGACCCUGAGGGACUACGCUGCUCUGCUUCUCAGCCACAUCUUCUGGACUCAUGGUGAUCUGGUGAGUGGUCUGUACCGGCAGAUUCUGUUGUCACUGCAGAAAGUCCUGUCCGACCCAGUGCGUCCUCUCUGCUCUCACUAUGGAGCUGUGGUCGGCUUGCACGCUCUCGGCUGGAAGGCCGUUGAACGCGUGUUGUAUCCUCACCUGCCUGCCUACUGGGCGAAUCUUCAAGCCGUGCUGGACGAUUACUCUGUCUCUAAUGCUCAAGUAAAAGCAGAUGGUCAUAAAGUCUACGGAGCUAUCCUUGUGGCAGUGGAGCGUCUGCUGAAAAUGAAAGCUGCGAGUUUGACUGCAGAAGGGGGUGCUACUGCUUCUCAGAGUUCUUCAGGAGGAGGGAUGUGCUUUAGAGAGAGCUCACCAGGCCUCAGCCCUCCUCCUGAACCGCUUUCUGAAGCCUCUCUGGGUAUCGCAAGCCACUUGCAGGCAGCUGGAACAGGAUGCCAGUGGGAGGAGUGGACCCCUGUCUCCCUGCCUGCCAUGUACUGCGAGCUCUACUCCUUCUUUGGAGACAGUUUGGCUGUGCGUUUUAGCACAGGCCCUGCGUUAGGCAGUGCACCACCUGCAGCUCCGGUGCAACCUUCUGAUGCCAGGAAGGAGUCAGGGAGCGGUGCAGGCAGCAUGGAGAGCACACGCAAGAUGCCACAGCUCACCGCCAACAUGAACCUCAGCCCCAGACCAGAUGGAAGCCCACGUACUGAGACUGUGCCACCUACUUUGGGGGCCACUGCCUCAGGGAGGUCUUUGGCUCGCUCUUCUUCCUCGUCCUCAUCCGCAGUCCCUCGUUCCAGGUCCUCCUCCCGUCCAGGGCGCUCUGCCAGCCAGUCAAGAGACAUCUUCCCUAAAGCUCGCUUCCUGCCUUCCCAGGUGGGGCCUCCCGCCUUCUCUUUUUUGAUUGGUGGGCAACAGAUGGGCCGGCGAUGCCAGGGGCGACGUUUCCAGACAAGCUUCACUCCGACACCAUCCCUUAGCACCCUUCCUCCACGGGCGUAUGCGCACAAACUACCAGUUAUUGGCAGAGUGAGCAAACCAGUGAGACGCUGGACGUGCUCCCAUUAUUCACUAUAUUUGCCUCUUUAAGGCACAAUGACACACUGGGUUGACUGGUCAUCUUGUUAAAGCAGCUAGCUUCCUCAUUAACUUUUCUGCUCGAACUCUCUAAAGCACUAGAUUUAGAACGGAAAGCUCCAAAACUGUUUUAUGGGCUUUCCACAGACAUGUCUUCCUCAGUUACACACCAUAAACUAGAACCAGCAGUUAGAUUUAUUUGUAAAGUACUUUAUUUUUGUUGAUUGUGUUUCAAUACAUUCUGUGAUUUAAGUGGGAAGAAAUGUACAAUAAAUCCAAGCACAGUGAAAGGCUGUUUAUAUUCUUCAUAUUUAAAAGUUAUUUAAAAGUUUUCUUUACAUAUUUCACUAUACAUUAAGGUUUGCUAUCUUUUGCGCAGUUAUUUGUAAUAACUUGCAUUGAAAUGGGUAAAUCUAUAAUUCUUUAGUGUUUAUUGGUUAUAAAACCCUACAACAAAAUAUUUCAGAAAGAAUUAAACCCUGAGACAGUUUAAGAGUUCUUAACACAUUUACAGUACAGUACAGUACGAUGCAACCUCAUUUCUUCAUACUGUAGUUUGCUUCCGAAAUGUUCAUGUUAUUUAAUGUAGUUAUGAGGA